AUGAGGUCUGAAAACCACAGUAGUGUAUCCACGUUCCUACUCCUGGGACUCCCCAUCUGGCCAGAACAUCAGGGUGCUUUCUUUGCCCUGUUCCUGGCCAUGUACCUGACCACAGUGCUGGGGAACCUGCUCAUCAUCCUGCUCAUCAGGCUGGACUCCCGCCUCCACACCCCCAUGUACUUCUUCCUCAGCCACUUGGCUUUCACCGACAUCUCUUUCUCAUCAGUUACUGUCCCAAAGAUGUUGAUAAAUAUGAAGAGCCAGCGCCAAUCCAUCACCUACGAGGGGUGCAUUUCACAGACAUAUUUUUUUAUAUUCUUUGCUGACCUGGACAGUUUUCUUAUCACUUCAAUGGCCUAUGACAGAUAUGUCGCCAUCUGCUAUCCUCUGCACUAUACCACCAUCAUGAGCCAGAGCCUUUGUGGUAUGCUGGUAGCUGUGUCCUGGGUCAUUGCUAGUGCCUGUGCUCUUUUGCAUACCCUCCUCUUAGCACAUCUUGUCUUCUGUGCAGAAUACAUUGUCCCCCACUUCUUCUGUGACUUGGGUGCCAUGCUCAAGUUGUCCUGCUCAGAGACAUCCCUGAACCAGCUGGCAAUCUUUACAGCAGGACUGGCAGCCAUCAUGCUGCCGUUUCUGUGCAUCCUGAUUUCUUAUGGUCGCAUUGGGUUCACCAUCCUCCAGGCUCCCUCUACCAAAGGCAUCUGUAAAGCAUUGUCCACUUGUGGAUCUCACUUAUCAGUGGUGAUUCUUUAUUAUGGGGCAAUUAUUGGUCUUUAUUUUCUUCCCCCACCCAACAACACCAGUGGCAAUAACAUCAUUGCUUCAGUGAUGUAUUCAGUGGUCACACCCAUGUUGAACCCCUUCAUUUACAGUCUGAGAAAUAAAGACAUGAAAAGGGCUCUAAGAAAACUCCUCAGUAAGAAAACUCAUUCUUCCAGUUAA